AUGGCACAUAUAUUUCUCAAGAAGAAAGCCUUGUAUUUCCUUAUAUUAUUUGUACUUUCAUCAUUUUGUUUGACAAUCUUCGUGAUCAACACUACUGCUACUACUACUACAACUACAGAUACGAUAAUUGCUACUAUUAGUCAUCUGAGAGCUGGUACCAAACGAGGUGUAUCGUUUUUUCCAAUAACUGCUGGAAUAGGGCGAUCUGCGAAACGUACGGUAAACACAAGAAAAGGAAAGACGAAGAAGAAGACUUGUCGACCUAAACGAAAUAUCCUAUUUUUAAAAACGCAUAAAACCGGUUCUUCAACUAUUCAAAACAUCUUUCUCCGUUAUGGCGAUCGAAAUAACUUGACGAUUGUUCUACCUGAAAAGUACAAUUAUUUCGGUCACCCUCAACCGUUCAAUCGUAGUAUGCUGCUACCUCGAUACAAUCAGAAUUCGUUAACUAGUCAGAACAAUAUAUUCGCCCAUCACACACGAUUUAAUUACGAAGAAAUGAAAUCUUUUAUGCCGAAUGAUACACUAUUUAUAACCAUUCUUCGCGAUCCUGUUAGUCUAACUGAAUCGCUCUUUUCUUAUUACAAUUUGAAACGUUUAUUUGGUGAAGAUUCCUCGAUGCAUUUCUUGGAAACCUUCUUUUCGAUAUCUCCGAAUGUGUCCGCUUAUCAUGCGCUAUCAUAUCGACGGCAUCUACGCAAGUUCGGUCGUAAUCAAAUGUCGUUUGAUUUGGGUUUUGCUGUGGAAAACUUCGAUAAUCUGGAAGCAAUUCAAGAAUUCAUUCAAUCGAUCGACUCACGUUUCCAUUUCGUUAUGAUUGCUGAUCGAAUGUAUGAAUCAUUAGUUCACCUUAGGCAUCUUCUUUGCUGGACCGUCAACGAUAUGAUUGCUUUUCGGCACAAUGCAAGAAGUGAUAAUAACAUUGAACAUUUCACGGAUGAUUUAAAACAACGAAUACGUUUGUUCAACAUUGCCGAUGAACUUUUGUAUAAACAUUUUUCCGAUAAAUUGACUCGUUUGACAAAAAAAUUUGGUAACGGAACAAUGCAAAAGGAAAUCUCUCACUUGAAAUCGGCCACGAAGAAAAUGUUUCACAAAUGUUUUAAAGAUGAAGAUUCCAAUACAAUGAUAGUGAACUACAGACAAAAUCACACAAUGAGCAAAACAUGUCAUGAUUUAGUCAUCGCAGAACUACCUUACACGGACUUGUUAAGAGAAAAACAGAGUCAACAUCAAACAACAACAUUCAUAAUAUAA